GUCGCCCAUUGACCUGCCAGGUUGCAUCAAAGAAGAAUCCUCGUCGACUUCCUCGCCCCUCCUCUUCUCCCGCAGGCGGCAGUGGCAGACUGGUGAUCAUCACGGAGUAGAAUUAAAAUCAUUCUGAUAAAAAGGGAAUAUCAUGGCUACUAAGGAGUUAUCGACGAAGCUCCUGAUUGAUGCCAAGGCUCAGAAAGUCUGCUUUGCCGAGGCUGACAAUGAAGUUGUCGAGUUCCUAUCCAGCCUCCUAUGCCUCCCGAUGAGCACCGUCAUCAACCUGCUCACCAAAGAACGUAUGGUUGGCAGCAUUGGGAAUGUCCUUGAUAGCCUGGAGACGCUCGAUGCCACGUAUGUAUUCUCAAGCAAGGGCAAGGAGCCCUACAUCAAGCCAACAAUUUCCCCCGGUAUGCUCUCUCCUUUGCAACAGCUGAUGGGGGAUGCACAGUUAAAUGCCUGUUGCAGGUUCUUCACCUGUGAGGGGACAAGAUGCUGCUACAAAAGCCAUAGUUGUGGGUAUUUUUCAGUUGUUAAAGGCAGCAAAUGCCCAAGUUGCUCCACCGGAAUGAACAAAGCUAUGCCGCAUGUCAAAAGUGAGGGGUUUGUGGUCGGGACAGCCACGUAUACAGUCAAGGAUGACCUCUCGAUGAUACCGGCGUCCAGUGUGGCAAGCGUUGCCUUGCUCGCGCAGUGUGGUGUCAAAGACCUAAGCACACUGCAAGAAAAAAUGGUGAAGAUUGGCAAGGAAGAGGCUCUGGACAUACUCCUCGCUUCGCUGAAGUCCAAGACGGUCCUGACUGAUGUCUUCCUUCAGACAAGAAAAGCUCGUUGCAAGAAGGAAACGGUUGCUUAGUCAUGCGGCUAUGCCUCAGUAAAUUCACCAGACAUGUCAUGCACAAAUCACCAUAUGGCCUGGUGGAUGAGUGAGUUGUGAGCUGCCGGUCUGUUUGCAUUGUCUGGCCAUUCUCAGGUUAGUGGACCAAAGCUAGUAGGCUGCUUAAAUUAAAAUCUCUGUUGACAUCAUGUACCGUGAGAUGUGUGCCACUUUUGCCACCAGAUUUUUAGGAGAUUUUUUAGGAAGAUAUUUGUAUGAACCUUUUUUGAGGGAUUUGAACCAAGCUUAUGAAUUAUAAACAGUUUUCACUAUUGA